AUGUGGGAGUUGCGGUCGCCCUCCUUCUGGCGCGCCGUCUUUGCCGAGUUUUUCGGCACUGUCUUCUACGUGUUCUUCGGGCUGGGCGCGUCGUUGCGCUGGGCCGCGGGGCCCCUCAACGUCCUGCACGUGGCGCUGGCCUUUGGGCUGGCGCUGGCCACCCUGGUGCAGGCCCUGGGCCAUGUCAGCGGCGCCCACGUCAACCCGGCCGUCACCUUCGCCUUCCUGCUGGGCUCACAGCUCUCGCUGCUACGCGCCCUCUUCUACAUGACGGCGCAGGUGCUGGGCGCUGUGGCGGGGGCUGGACCCCCCCCCAACCCAUCUGUCUGUCUGUCCGUCCGCCCGCCCCACCAACAGAUGCACCCGAGCCUGAGCCUGGGCCAGGCCACGACGGUGGAGAUCUUCCUGACGCUGCAGUUCGUGCUCUGCAUCUUUGCCACCUACGAUGAGCGACGCAAUGGGCGCAUGGGCUCCGUGGCCCUGGCCGUGGGACUCUCACUCACCCUCGGCCACCUUUUCGGGAUGUACUACACAGGCGCCGGCAUGAACCCUGCGCGCUCCUUCGCGCCUGCCAUCCUUACUCGCACCUUCACCAACCACUGGGUGUACUGGGUGGGCCCAGUGAUCGGUGGCGCCGUGGGCGGCCUGCUCUACGACUUCAUCCUGUUCCCGCGCCCACGGGGCAUGGCCGAGCGCCUGGCCAUCCUCAAGGGCGAGAAGCCUGCGGAGGCCGACUCGCCCCCAGAGCCGCCCGGGGAGCCCCUGGAGCUGAAGACGCAGGCGCUGUGAGCUGCACCCGAGCAGUGCCCCACACACAUGCCUGCCCCCGCCUGGAGGGGGCCCAGCC